UCACAUGAUUCCAAUAUGGUGAACAAAGUGAAAGUAGAAGUGAAAAAAAAAAAAAAAAUAUUGAACUACUUCAGAACUGAAAGAUUUGUAUAAUUAUUAUGAAUGCUAUAAUAGCACUUUGUCACUUCUGUGAAGGACAUGGUCCGCAGGUUAUGUUUUGUACACAGCCUAUACAUCCAAAGGAGCAAACAGAAUUAUCCAAUGAGGAUGCUGCAGCCUCGUUAUCAAAUCGAGUGAGAUCACCAUCUGGGGAUUCAUCUGUAUCAUCAAAGUCUGAACAUACAUGUGAGGGUUGUUAUUCAGUAAAAACUGGAUUUGUAAGCCAUGAUAAUGAUGCUCCAAUUAGUUAUAUUAGCAGUAAAUACCCUAACCCAACACAGCCAGAAAUUUACAGCCUUGUGAGAAAUGCAUGCUUGAGGAGUCUUAGUGGUGAGGUAUGUCCAGGUAAUGAAGGAGCUAUUUUCUUUGGCAAUGAUCAACAAGGACAUGUACUUAGCUAUACUUUUCAGUUGAAGGACAAUCUUGCUCGUGGUUUCCAACGGAAAUAUAGUAUCAUUGUUAUGAUGAUGGAUAAAAUUUAUUUACUUAAUUCCUGGCCAUUUCUUGUUCCACAUUUAAAAAUUUUGAUUGAACAUUUGCAAGAUAAAGCAGGUAAAGUCUAUGAAUCAGAACAAGCAAAAUGUCCACAACGCGCAGUUCGUUUAAAGUCCAGCAUAAAUGCAGGAAAUUUCUUCCAGCAAAGGGGAGGUAAUAACCCUGCUAGGUCAUUAAUGGAACUGACAAAAGAUAAAAACAUUUUUAAAAUUUUACAUGUGGCAUUUGUUUGGAUAUUAAAAGCAUGUAGUAACAGAAUUACAGAGACAUUGCUUGAAGGACCACCAACUGAAGAUUCUAUCAUCGAUAUGGAGAAACAAGAAGAGACAGAAGAAGGUUUCAUAAAAUUAUUUUCCAAGCCUGCAAAUGAAGUUGGUGAUGGGGACACAACUCCAUUAGCAGAGGAAAGGGAGAUAACUGAUGAAGACAUUCAUCCAUCUGAGCUGGAUAAUAUUCAUAACUUAAGACUAUUGCUAAAGGUACUGGGUGAAAGUAACUUUCAUCUCCUGACCCACCAUGUUGUCAUCGGCAACCAAGUUAUCAUACGUGGUUCAUAUCAAAAAACCAUCAAGUUGAUUCUUCAUGCUUUAAUGAUGCUAGUACCCAGAGGUUGUUGUCGAUCAAUUUUUCACAGUAAUGAAUACCAGGAGUCAUUCAGAUGCAAUUUCCUUGGCCUGACAGCUGAUAGUUCUCUACCUAGUCACAUCUUGUCCUCAGAAAUGUUUGUGCUGUUGGUAGAAAUGCACUUGAAAGAUGAAAAUGACAAACCUCAAAAUGACAAUGAUUUUCAUAAAUUUGAAUACAGCAUGGCAAGCCCAACAAGAUUAAUGGAUAAAGCACCAACUGUCUUACAAAAAAUACAACUGGCUCUAAAUAACGAAAGAUUCUCUAAUGGAGUGAUGGAGCAAUGUUUGAUCUGUCUGAAAGAAGAAUGGAUGAACAAAGUGAAAGUUUUAUAUAAAUUCACAAAGGCAGGAGGGAGUAUCUCAGAAAUUGACACUCAUAAUUUGUUACAAGUUGUUGAUGCAAAAGAAGAAGAUAAGCAGUUACUCAAAUUCUGGACAUCAGGACUUAGUGUUCAGUACAGGGAUCACAUACGGAAAACAUCUAAAUCUCAACACUAACAUGCUGUUUGUUAAAUUGUCUUUAUGCUCUAUGUUAACAGAAUGCUUUGCAGAUACAGGGAUUUCAGUACUGUUAAAUCAUCUUGAGAACUUAAAAAGUAUGUGCUCUUGUCAUACCUUGAUUAUCAUACCUAGGCUAGGUUAUCAAAAAUAAAAGUGGCAGCUCCAAUUUUGUAUUACAGGACAUUUUUGUAAUGAACCAGUUAUUAUAUACCGUGUGAUCAAAUUCUGAUCACGUGCCUACACUUGGCGCUAAAUUAAAAAAAAAAUUUCAUCCUUGUAGUUUUUUUUUCUGUUCAAUAAUUUUUCAAGGGUAUAAUAUCUCAGAAAUUUUAUGCUUUAAGCAUGCUUUUCAUGUUUUGGUUUAAUUGGUUUCUUCUGUUGAAAUUUUUCUGUCUAUGCUUUGUGGUAAUGUCGUAAAAUCACACUUUUCUAGCCUCCACGGUGAUCUUGUAGAUGUGUGUUCGUCUGGAGUGCGGGAGGUUGCAAGUUAUGAUGGGUCAAACCAAAGACUUUGAAAAUUGGUAUUUGCUGCUUCUCCGCUAAGCAAGCUGCAUUAAGCAGUAAGAGAAAAAGUCAGCUUGGAAUCCAGGUGGGUUGACAUGUCUUCCUGCGUGUUACCUUGUGAACUAGCCCUUAAAUAAACUGGUAACACAGAGAUAUGUCUCACCUUUUUGUUAUUUUGAUAGUAAAAUGCAAUUGUUGAAAUUGAAAUACAUGAAGCAAUAUUCCUAACAUGUAAGUAAUGCAAAAUUUUCAAAGUCAAUGAACCAUGACUAAUGGGGUGGGGCCAAAUAAUUUCCAUGGAAAUCAGAUAUACCAAUGCUAAUACAACUGCAUACCGAAAAUCAUUGACCUUCCACGAGGUUCCCAUAAAACGAACUUAUCACAAACUAAUACAUUGUUGAUGAUAACGCUGUAGCAGCCACCGCCAGAAACAGCAUAUCUAUGUCUCUCUUUUUGACCCAGUCAAGGUGAAACAAAAAUCAGGCUCCGUGUGUCAGUUUUGAUAAUUUAUAAAGUUGUUUACUGUGGGUUCAUUAUUAUUCGUGGGAUACCGAUUUUCAUUGAUUUCAUGGUUACAGGUGAACCACAAAUUUAAAUGUUCAACGAAGUACAAAUUUUCUAUAGGCUUGUAUGCAGACCUUAAUAAAACCACAAUAUCAAAUAUCCACAAAAGUUUCCUCAAUCCACAAAAAUAAUGAAGGGCCACAGUAUACAAAAACUAAAUCAAGUUAAUGCUAUCUCCUAAUUUAACAAAGACUUAACGAGUUUAAUAUUAUUGUUAGUUUAUAUGUUUUGUGCAAUAUAGAUUAUUUUUAAAUAAAUGAUAUGAUUUUU